AAAAAUGAAUGAAAGAAACUCACUGUGUGACAGCCUGCUGUGUCCACAACCUAAGCGCUUUGUUUUUUUCCUUUUUUCCUUUUCUCCCGUGGCCUCCAGUUUACCGUGGUUUCUGGGCCGUGCUGAUGCUUCUGGGGGUCGUCGCUGUGGUCACCGCGAGCUUUUUGAUCAUCUGCGCAGCCCCCUUUGCCAGCCAUUUCCUCUACAAAGCUGGGGGCGGCUCAUAUAUCGCUGCAGGCAUCCUGUUUUCCCUGGUGGUGAUGCUGUAUGUCAUCUGGGUCCAGGCAGUGGCUGACAUGGAAAGCUACAGAAACAUGAAAAUGAAAGACUGCUUGGAUUUCACCCCUUCUGUUCUGUAUGGCUGGUCAUUUUUUCUGGCCCCAGCUGGGAUAUUUUUUUCUUUGCUGGCUGGAUUACUAUUUCUAGUUGUUGGACGGCAUAUUCAGAUACAUCACUAAAUCAAUUGUUGCCAUAAGUAUUUUCUUGAGAGAUUUUUAAACAGAGCAUACUUUUUUCUCCAUUUUAUCUCAGUGAUCCCAGCAUAGAAUUAAUUGAUAUAACUUUGUAGUCGCUAUUUGAUUGAACCAUUUCACUUGUGAUUUCCUCUUAUAGGAAGGUCCUAGAAUCUCUCCAGAUACCAGCAUGUCUUCACCUUGUCUAAAUGCUGUCAAGGACCUAGUUCUUUAGGCACAUGUGUCUCCCUUUCUUGGAACAUGUUAGUGUUCAUGCAGGUUGCAAAGGCCUGAUAAUAGCAUAACACCAUCACAUGGGGCAAAUC